AUUUUGGAGAAAAAGCAAAUAAAUUUUUGCUCGGUUGUGGUGUUAAAGCUGAGCCAUCUCCGGCAGAAUUUGCCGAAUUUCUCGUGAAGUCUUCGCAAGAAUUUUGGAAUUCUGUCGGCGAUAAUGUGGAAAAAUAUCUCUCAGUUCUUCGUAAUAUUGCAGUCAAUUCCAAUAAUAUUUCUAGAAAUCGAUCAUUACUUGCCGACAUGAGUCGCGCCCCUAUAUUAAUUGGCAUAAAAAAGAAAGAAAUUGCAGCAGACAAGGAAAAUUUUGAUUAUAAGGGACAGGAGAUUGAUCAUUAUGUUUUGGCUCCCGCAAAAGAUAUUUUUAUAAAUGAUGAUACAAAUUUUCAGCAUGUUUUUAAUCCUUUGACUGCGCCUAUGGAAGAGAUUUUGGAAAAUUUUUAUAAGAUGUUGGGAAGUCGUUCGUUGUCCGCUAAUGUUAGAGCAAGCGUACAAGUAAAAGGCACUCCGAUGGCUUCUACAGGUUCUGCGAGAUUACAAAAAACAAUUAGAGAAAGGGCUCAAUUAUUUUAUCAUGAUAUUCACCGAUCUGAAGUUAAGCAAUCAGUCGAUUGGGUUCAGAAGUUAAAAGUCAUGGAGAUCGAUCAGAUUGAGGCUACUUAUGAGCUUAUAACUAAUAAUCAAACAAAAGUUGAACCAAUAUAUUCAUAUAUUCUUAAAGAUACGCGAGUUAAUAACUCAUGGACUUUAUAUGUCACUCCCGGUGAGCCAGACUAUCUCGACAUUGCGACGAACCUUGGAAAACACAUUUUUAGGAAGUGUAAAUGGAAAGAUAUUUCUCAUUUGGCAAUGUUAUUGACCACGCCUUUAGGUAGUUUAAAGCGCAAAGGAUAUCCAGUUGACCGUAUCAUGUUAAGUUCUAAAAAACCGAUGGGUAUUGCUGAGAAAUAUGAGACUCCAAAACCUUCUACAGCUCCUGAAGUCCAACCGCAAGCUGGACCCAAUCCGAGUUCGAAUAUUUCUCCUAUAAAGCUUGCGCCAGAAAUUGAAGAAUAUGCUAUUCAAUUGCAAGAAUUAUUUCCAAAAUGUGAUCCAAAUUAUAUUCGUCAAU